AUGACGGUAAUGGAAUGUGUUGGUUGUACAAUGAUUGCAUUUGGCAUUCCAUUUUCUAUGUUCAUAUUUACAAUUGCCAGACAUCCAUUUCGAAUUAUUAUUUUAAUGACAAGUGCAUUCUUUUGGCUAUUAUCACUAUUAGUAUCAUCUUUACUAUGGUAUGCCGUUGUACCAUUACGUAGUGAAUUAGCCUUUGCUGUUCCAUUUUCUGUUAUAUUUCAAGAAGCCUUUCGAUAUCUAUUCUAUUUAGUUAUCAAACGCGCUGAAACAGCGUUACAAUCCGUCCGUUUACAAGAAUUGGCAGCAAAAGGAAUGAUAUUUGACAGAUUGGCCGUGGCAUACGCAUCUGGUUAUGGAUACGGUUUGAUUAGCGGGGCAUUUGCAAUUGUUAAUGUUUUAUCAGAUAUGGCUGGUCCUGGCACAAUUGGAAUAAGUGGUCAUUCACAGGGCUUUUUUACAGCUACCGCCUUUUUAACAUUAGCUAUUAUAUUAUUGCAUACAUUUUGGGGUGUUGUGAUGUUUACAUCGUUAGAUAAACAUGGUUAUCAACGAAUCGUUGGACCGAUCGUUGUUGUUAUCGCACAUAUGCUCUUUUCAUGUCUUACAUUAAUAAAUCGAACAAAAACGCCAGUCUAUGCGAUUUCGCUGGUAACUGGUUAUCUACUCUUGUUGGCAACGAUAUUUUAUACAAUUGUAUUGAAUGGUGUCACAUUAAACAGUUUCAGAAGAUCUUUCAUAAAUGUUAGAGAAACAACAACACCGUUAACAUAG